AUGGGGCGCAACCGGAAGGGGCGACAGUGCGGCGGCUACGGCUCGAAGAAGGAGCGGUUCGUGCUGCUGCGUCACUGGCAGCAGGAGGUAGCCAAGGUUACUCGCAAGAAUGCGCAGAGCAGAGUGCGUGUGGACGUGCUGACGGCUUGGACCAAUGCACGUCUCAAGGACGACCACAUUGAGCGGAUCAAGCGCGAGGGGGCGCUGUCCAUCGCCUCAGAGCUGCAGAAAACGUCGGCAGUGCAUGAGUUUUCGUCGCUACAAGAGCGGUGUAUCUACGAGAUCGCACGGUCAUUUGACCUGUACAGCUCUUCGUGCGAGUUCACACAGGCGUUUUUUGCCUCCUUCGAGCCGUGGAUGGUAUCCAGACUGGCAGAACUGACGACUGCGUUCAAGACCAUGAGUGACGGCAAUGUGAAGCUGUUGCUACUGCAGCCUACUGAGCAUCUCACCAUCGGCUUUGUCCGAGACGAGAAGUCGUUGGCCCCGUUGUUCGAUGAGGUGGAGGUGGAUCACCGCAUGGCAUGGCAGUUUACAUCUGGUCAAUUGAUCGAGACGGAGGCCGAGUCGUGGGAAGAUUUGGACGUGGAAGACGUCGACAUUGUGCAGACUCAAGAGGAAGUUCGGCUGCUGUCGCUGAGUCUCGUGUCGUGUCUUGGGUUAUCCAGCCGCUUCCUCACACAGUUGACGACGGUGCAUCCAUAUCUCGAACAUCUUAAGAUCGUUGACUGCUUCGACGCUGCAGCAGGUGAACAGGGCGCUGCAUUAUUGCAGCAACUCGCCAAGUCUCGUGCCCUCAAGUCUCUUCACUUUUCCUGGUGCUGCUGGCUCACGACCGAGAUCCUCGUCACAUUCGCCUAUCAAUUGCUCGAGCCUCCCGUGUCUCCGUUACAGGAACUACAUGUAUCCGACUGCUUCGACGUGCUCGGAGACUACGUGCAGUCCGUGUUCAACGAGCUGCUGCCCCAAGCUUUUUCUGCCGCAUUCGAGUAUCAGAUCUCCAUGAACGUCUCGGGGCCGCUUUACCGCCGCACGCCGCGGCUCUUCAACCGCAACAAGCCGGGGGAAUGGAGUCUCGUGUGGUGCGAGCUCGCAGUGGAGCGUGGCGAGCUGCUGGUGGCGCUGGACCCGGACGGUCGUAGCCGCAUCGCCUCCAUCCCCGUCAAGGACUGUGAGCUCGCGCACGUCCGCAGUGACGGCCGCGACUGCAUCGAGUUAACUAUCAACCGAGGCAAAAAGGAGACGUUCUCGUCCCAUGAAUCCAGCCACGACGUGGAUUGGUGGAUGACGACGUUGAUUGCAGUGAAAAGAGACCUGGAACGCGGUGUAAAACCUCAGAUUUCACUAGUGACGUCACCUAUAUCAGAGCCAACGACAAGACCCAAGCACAUGCGUCGUCCAUCGUCGCAGUUGAGUCUGAAUUUGACCUUAGCAGCUAAUGCGGCCGCAAACGCGACAUUGAGUGGACGACCGACGCUGAGACGACGCAAACCGGCGCUGGCCACGUGUGAGACGCUAUUCGAACGCUUCACCAUCUACGAGACGCCGUCGACGUACUACGUCGUGUGCUCAGAUCGCCACUAUUCGCGGUUCCGGAUGCUUGAACUGGAUCGGAUGGUGGACCGACCCAAGAAGCUACAAGAAGUGCUGAAGGAGGAUAAGAGGAUCUAUGACUGGGAGCAGAUGGAAGCACAGUUGCAAGCGUUGGCAGAGCUGGCGAGGGUGCGAGGCACGGGAAACCUUGUGCGAGCGUUCACGGCCGUAGCAAUUGUGGGAUGUAUCCGAUUUUUGCGUGGGUAUUACUUCAUUUUUGUCACGCAGCGACGAAAGAUUGGCAAUAUCGGAGGAAACUCAAUCUAUGGCAUUUCGGCUACACAACAGCUCAAUGUGAGUCCCCCAGAAGAAGACCAAAGCGCGUGGACUCGACUCAAUCGAUGGUUUAACCCCAGUCCAGAGGAAGAAGCUGAAGCGCGAUACCUUGGUCUCUUCCACUUCUUGGAUCUCACCAAGGAUUUCUACUUCAGUUACUCGUAUGACAUCACGCACACGUUGCAGCACAAUAUGACUACGGAACACUCAGAGCCAGCGGAGAUGUUCACCUGGAACUACUAUUUGACCCAGGAGCUGCGGAGUUUCUUGAGUGGUGGAGCAGCAGCCGAUCUAGUCGUUCCGCUAGUGCUCGGCUGUUACGAGCAGCGUAAAUGCUCCGUGUUUGGACGUCUCGUGAGCAUCGUGCUGCUCGCUCGUCGCUCGCGUCACUUUGCCGGCACACGAUACUUGAAACGUGGUGUAGCUGAUACAGGCAAGGCGGCAAACGAUGUCGAAACGGAGCAGAUCAUCGAAGACGAGAGCAUGGGGCCUGGCAAAUUCAGCUCGUUUGUGCAGCAUCGUGGAUCCAUUCCAGUGUUUUGGUCCCAAGAGACGUCCGCUACGCUGCCGAAGCCGCCUAUUGUGCUGAACCGUGUUGAUCCAACGUACACUGCGACUCAAAAGCACUUUGCGGACCUGUUCUCACGCUAUGGCUCGCCUAUUGUAGCGCUCAACCUCGUCAAGCAGUCGGAGAAGAAAGAACGCGAAGUCAUCGUCGGCAACGAAUACAUGAACGCAGUGGAAUACCUCAACAGCUUCAUGCCACCAAAGCAUCGUGUGCGUUAUGUGGCUUUGGAUUACUCGCGACUAUCAGGUCCCAAGCAGAAAGGCCUAAACGUGCUGCAUUCACUGGAUAAAGUGGCAGUUUGGGCCCUCACGCAGACAGGGUUCUUUUGCAGUGCCCCUAAGCGACAGAUUAGCCAGAACGGCAAUAGACGGACAGCUCAAACGUUCUUCUCGAGCCCCCCAUCGGAGCCGUGGGAUGCAUUCAUCACGUCAAGUAACCUUCAACAAAAGGGAGAAAACAGUGACGAGUUAGCGUCAAUGGAGUCGCCACCGUCUCCAACUAUCACAAGAAACUCUGGCGACUGGCUUGAACAACGAGGAAUCCUCCGAACGAACUGUAUCGACUGUCUAGAUCGCACGAACGUCAGCCAGUUUAGCGUUGGAAUGCGAGCACUGGGUCAACAACUUUAUGUGAUGGGUAUCAAGAACACGCCUCUCUUGGAGAGUCGAUCGCAGCUGGUUCUGGUGUUGAUGAAACUGUAUUCUCUCAUGGGCGAUGCAAUCUCGAUGCAAUACGGUGGGUCGGAAGCUCACAAAAACGUGAAGAACAGCGCCGCACGGGAAAACGUGAAGCACCGCGAACUCCUCACAUCAAUUCGGCGGUACUACAGCAACUCAUUCACCGAUACGGCAAAGCAGGAUGCAAUCAACAUUUUUCUCGGCCAUUUCGUGCCUACCGAGGACUCACCUCCAUUGUGGGAGCUGGAUUCUGACUACUAUCUGCACAAUUUUGAGGUGCGAAAUGGCAUGGCUGCUUGUGAAAAUGUGCGGCGUAAUAUCGCUUUCCAUGCUGAGAAUAAGCGCAAAGCAUUCGGUGAUAUCUAUGGGAUCCGACCCAUGCAGUUGUCAUGCUGCUCAUCGUCGGAAAUCUUGGAUGAUGGCACCGAUGACAGCGACGACAAUGAACCUACGACUGAGCGCGCCAUGGUAUUGACCGUUCGAGAUCAAGCGAAGCGCGAUGCUUACAUUCGCGAGUGCAGGAGGGUACUGGAUGACUGGUGGAAGGAACCUUUGGAAACAUUUGAACGGCCGAAGUAUUGCCAGCCACCUAUGGAGGAGAAGGUGAACUGUGUGUGUGACCAGAUUGUUCGAAAGGGAAGCAAAAACAAUAUCUACGCUGGUUCGACUACUGAAGCUGCAAAGCAAACUGGAGCUGGAAACCGGAAAGCGUCGCCUCGGUCACCAUGUUCGGAUGAUUUUCUGCACAUGUAUCAUCCAGAAGAACUCACAACUUUUGACAAAGUGCUUGGGUACAAAUUCAUGCUUCCAAUGGAAAUCUCGGACGAGGUGAAUGAGAAGGACAAGCGUCGGUCUGAGAGUGCUGUUGUAGCACACCUAACGUCUGCUCCGUCGUCUUCGUCCAUAUCUGGAUUAGCUCGUGUUGACGAGGAAAACCUCUCGGACUAUGAGUCAGCUCGGCGAGGACAAACAAAGAAAGGGAAUCGAUCGUACCGCAGUAUGAGCGCUCCUGAUAUCGGAGAAGAAGUUGGACACCCGCCUCCGUCUACUCGCAGAUCUCGCGAUAGUGGACGUGAGCACAGGAGUGGCCACCAGGAGGAUUAUACGAGUAUCAGUGGAUCUGAAUCGCGUCGGGCUUCUCGAUCCGCUUUAGCGGAGGCAAUCAAUAAGUAUGGAGGACACGGCUCUGCGACACUGAAGGCUGUUGUGAAGCGCAAAGAUGACCAAAUCAGCAUUGACGACUAUGUGCGAAGCAGAGGGCGUCGCAAAUUCGUCGGCGAUUGUUCUACACCUACACCUGAUCCUAUUUACCAACAGUACGAUACAAGGACUGCUUUGAUUUACAGUUGUACGACGUGUAUUAAUCUACUGUUGUUGCAGAUAUGUGCUCGGGAAGGAUUCACCGCAGAUAUGGGAAACAGACAAUGAGAUUGUGAAGAAAUACUUUGAGGCAUACAUGCGCGAUAAUCGCAUCAGUCCUGAUGAUGCUCGGAGUCUUCGUGAGGCUCAAGUGCGUGCUGGUGCUACGUUCAAACUCCAAGCUGGUCCGUAUUCCGGACUGGAGCAAAGCGUGAAGGCUCGAGUCUUGGUUUCAAAGAAACUUAUAACCGAGCCUGAAGACCGAAAGAUGUUUGAAGGGUCCUUGGAUCUGAAGAAACUCUUGAAGACUGGAGAGGCUUCCGUUCCUGCUGAGAGCUUGGAGCUGUACAAGACUUUCUUCGACGAAGAAUUACCGAAUGUGGAGAUCUACCAACCCGCCAAGGAAACGAAGGAAACUAAACCGUCAGUGCCUGAAGCCGAUGAUUUAUCACGUCCAGUCCCCAAACGGUGCACCUCAGCCACAGUUCUCUCUUCCAAGCUUGCGGAGAGCAUUCAGCGACUAUCUGUCAAGAAGACUCGCACUCGGUUCAGCGGUGGAGACCUCAUUUCUGUCGGUCCACUGUUUAAGAUGGACGGGGGUAAAGACCGCGACUUCAUCCUAUUCAACGAGGCUGCCGCAGAGAAUGCGUUUGGCGAGGUGACUCGAAACGAGACGGAGCUGUCGUUCUACUCGAAAUAAGGACACCUGAACAGUGGCUAUCAGGUUCAUUUACUUAGUAACUCACUUCAUUCUAAUCUGUAUACUUUACAUUGCUCAGGCCGCUGGUCGAGCGAGUGUCGGUGAUUCCUUCACUUCUUCAUCGUCAAUAUCGAUCGCGUGCUCUUUUGCUUCGUCUAGGAGCUUGUGUGUAAGGGAGUUUUCUUUCUGGUGCUUGGAUUUCUUGCGUUUCCACCUCGUAGGAGAAGCCAGGAAGCCCGCACUGCUUCGAUUGCUGCUACAACUACUAGUUCCCGUAGAAUGAUGUCGGAGUGGACUCUUACGCCAUGCCCGUUGACGAUGUCGGUGUUGACUAUCGCUUCCAGUUCUCGACAGUACGUUGUGUCUUUGGCCGCGUAAUCGACAAGCACAGGUAUUGACUUCUGCUGCUUCAGUGCCACUACUACCCGAUGAGUGGUGACCGCCGCUAGAAAAUGUGCUU